AUGUCAAAAGAUCAAGCUGCCGGUGGUCCUCCACCAUAUUCUCAAGGAGAUGCCAAGUUGCCAAACCAAGGAAAGGGCAAUUCUGGUCAAUACCCAGGUCAAUUCGGCCAGGGUCAAUCCAGUCAGGGUCAAUUCGGCCAGGGUCAAUCCAGUCAGGGUCAAUUCGGUCAGGGACCCCAAGGUCAAGGUGUUUAUGACCUGAAUCGUGGUUUCAAUCUGAACCAAGGCUAUAAUCAGAACCAAGGGUUCAAUCAGAAUCAAGGUUAUAAUCAAGGUUACAAUCAGAAUCAAGGUUACAAUCAAAACCAAGGUUACAAUCAAAACCAGGGGUUCAAUCAAAACCAGGGGUUCAAUCACAACCAAGGUUACAACAAUCAAGGUUACACUAACCAAGGAUUUAACCAGAAUCAAGGAUUCAAUCACAAUCAGGGCUACAACAACCAAGGUUACAACAGUCAAGGUAAUCAAGGUUACAAUCAGCAACAUGGUAAUCAAGGCUAUAACCAACAUCAAGGUCAAAAUCAAGGCCCAUCGCAUGGUCAUGGCCCAUCGCAUGGUCAGGGCCAGCAAGUAGACCCUGACGACCCCAUGUGGUGUCUUCAAGGGUACGAUAUCAUCUACAUUGUUGACGACUCGAGUUCCAUGUCGUGGGAAGAGUCGAACUCGAGAAUUAUCCCAUGGCCUCAUGCCAGAAAUGCAUUGGUAACUUUCGCGACCGUCUGUAGCAAAUGGGAUCUGGACGGCCAGGAUCUCUACUUUAUCAAUCGCAAUGAACCGGUACUUAGAGCUUCUCCUCAGCAGAUAGAGCACGCAUUCAACCUGCGUCCUCCUAGUGGUGGUACCAAUAUGGGCAGAAGGUUGCAUCAAGUUGCUACCAAUUACUUUUCUCACUAUCAGCCUGGAAGGACCAAACCGGUCAACAUCAUCGCCAUCACCGAUGGACAGUUUUCGGAUGACGUGCUCAGUGUGAUCCAGUGGAUUGUCAAUCAAUUGGAUCAGGUUGGUGCUCCACCCAAUCAGUUAGGUAUCCAAUUUGUCCAGAUUGGUGCUGAUAAGGCUGCACGUAAAGGAUUAGAGAGGUUGGACGACGAUUUGAGUCGUGGAGGUUUCCGCAGAGAUAUUGUGGACACAGUUCCAUGGGCUCCAGGAAAGUUGGACGGUGCUGGUUUUGAUGGGAAGUACUUGAUCAAAGUUGUAUGUGGAGCCAUCAAUAAGAGAUUGGAUUAUACAAAGGUGAAAGGAGCGAAGAUGGGAGGUGGUAAAGAGGUGGACAAAAAGAAGGAUAAGGAUAAGCACAAGUUUAAGAAAUUCUUUCUGUGA